AAGAUGGCUGUGGCCUGGUUUUCGGUGUGAUAUUGGUGGCCGCAGUUACGGGGACUGGGAUCGCGAUCGUGGGCGCUUGAAGCUCUAGCUCCCCCCAGCGAGUGCGCGUUCUUUCGUGCCUAGGUGAGAGCCGGCUCUUCCUCUGGGAGAUGCGUUUGUCCCGGGCUAGGGGACGCUCUGGGUGUUCAUGCUGCGCUGGGGGCUCCUGGCUGCCGCUCUAAUCAUCUUGUGCCGCCGCAGCGCCAGCUCGGUCUCCGGCGGUGAGCCUCCGGGAUCCUCCUCCUGCCCCUGGCGGAGGCGAUGACUGGGGAGAAGAUCCGCUCAUUGCGGAGGGACCACAAGCCCAGCAAAGAAGAGGAGGGGGACCUCCUGGAGCCUGGGGAUGAGGAAGCGACAGCCGCCCUCGGCGGCACCUUCACGGGAGGCAGGAUCGGCAUCGGUGGCAGCGGCAAGGGCGGCAAAGCCUGUCUUAAGAUCUUCAGUAACCAUCACCAUCGAUUGCAGCUGAAAGCAACGCCGGCCUCUUCCAACCCCCCAGGAGCCCCGGCUUUGCCGCUGCACAAUUCCUCGCUGACUAGAACCCCUCAGUCACCGACUGCUCUAGGGGCCACAAGUCCCAUUACUGUUGUCGCAGAUGAAGGUAGUUGUCCUGCACACUACCCAGUGCACGAGUGCGUCUUCAAGGGGGAUGUGAGGAGACUGUCCUCUCUCAUCCGCACUCAUAAUAUCGGGCAGAAAGAUAAUCACGGGAACACUCCUUUACAUCUUGCUGUGAUGUUAGGAAAUAAAGAAUGUGCCCAUUUACUUUUGGCUCACAAUGCUCCUGUAAAAGUGAAAAAUGCUCAGGGAUGGAGUCCUCUGGCAGAAGCCAUCAGCUAUGGAGAUAGACAAAUGAUUACAGCACUUUUAAGGAAACUUAAGCAGCAGUCCAGGGAAAGUGUUGAAGAAAAACGACCUCGAUUAUUAAAAGCCCUGAAAGAGCUAGGUGAUUUUUAUCUAGAACUUCACUGGGAUUUUCAAAGCUGGGUGCCUUUACUUUCCCGAAUUCUGCCUUCUGAUGCAUGUAAAAUAUACAAACAAGGUAUCAAUAUCAGGUAA